CUCCUCCUGAAAACGACUGUUUAUUGAGGCGCGCGGGUUGUCGCGUGGUGUUGGGCAGUAAUGCCUACCGGAGUAGGGGCGCGAGGUGUUACGUUAGUAGGUGUAACGGGAGCUGAGGCGACGUUUACCGAGCGGUGGGAGCAUCACGAGCGGCUGUGCUGCUGUUAGCCAGUUAGCUAUCCUGCUAGGUUAGCAUGUGAGGUAGAGAGCUGAGGUAAAGUUACGCGCUCAUGUCGAGAUACCGAGCACAGCUGAACACGGCGGAGGGGGUAACUUCAUGGUGCAGUCAACCAAAAGGGCCGACCCCAGUGAGCUGAAGGUCAUUUUUCAGAAGUAUGCCAGUGUUGUAGAUAAGGAUGAUGAGCGGUUUAUGACUCCCAGUGACUUUGUGCAGAAGUUCUUGGGUCUUCACACACAGCUCCAUCACAACCCCAAAACUGUGCAGCUGCUUGCUGGAGUGGCAGACACCACAAAGGAUGGGUUGAUAUCGUUCCAGGAGUUUCUGGCUUUUGAGUCUGUGCUGUGUCUUCCUGAUGCUCUGUUCAUUGUAGCCUUCCAGCUGUUUGAUAAGACAGGAACUGGAGAUGUCUCCUUUGAAAAUGUGCGUGAUAUUUUUAGCCAGACGACGGUCCAUCACCACAUCCCCUUUAACUGGGACUGUGAGUUUAUUCGGCUUCACUUUGGUCAUGACCGGAGCAAACACCUCACGUACCUGGAGUUCACACAGUUCCUCCAGGAGCUGCAGCUAGAGCAUGCACGGCAGGCCUUUGCUCAGAAGGAUAAAGGUAAGAGUGGAACUAUCUCAUCCCUGGACUUCAGUGACAUCAUGUCCACCAUCAGACACCACAUGCUCACUACGUUCGUGGAGGAAAAUCUGGUUUCAGCUGCUGGUAGUGGUACAUCUCACCUGGUCAGCUUCUCUUACUUCAAUGCCUUCAAUUCCCUUCUCAACAACAUGGAGCUCAUUCGCAAAAUCUACAGCACAGUCGCAGGAAGCCGCAAAGACACGCUGCUCACUAAAGAGGAGUUUGUCCAUGCUGCUAACAGGUUUGGUCAGAUCACUCCCAUGGAGAUUGACAUCCUGUACCAGCUCUGUGGCCUGCACUCUCAGACCGGGAGGCUGAACCUGGCUGACAUCGAGCGGAUUGCCCCUCUGGAGGAGGGGGCUCUUCCCUUCCACCUGGCUGAGGUGCAGAGACAGAUGCAUGGAGACAUGUCUCGUCCUGUCUGGCUCCAGGCUGCUGAGUCAGCAUAUCGCUUCACUCUGGGCUCUAUAGCUGGAGCUACGGGAGCAACGGCGGUGUAUCCCAUUGACCUGGUGAAGACUCGUAUGCAGAACCAGCGUUCCACAGGCUCCUUCGUGGGGGAGCUCAUGUACAAGAACAGCUUCGACUGCGCCAAGAAAGUGCUGCGCUACGAGGGCUUCUUCGGCUUCUACAGGGGCCUAUUGCCCCAGCUCAUUGGAGUGGCUCCAGAGAAGGCCAUUAAGCUCACUGUGAACGACUUUGUGAGGGACAAAUGUUCCGAUAAGGACGGAAGCAUUCCGUUGGCUGCUGAGAUCCUGGCUGGAGGAUGUGCUGGUGGCUCUCAGGUGAUUUUCACCAACCCUCUGGAGAUAGUGAAGAUUCGCCUGCAGGUUGCUGGGGAGAUCACCACAGGCCCCAGAGUGAGCGCACUCUCUGUGGUUCGGGAUCUGGGUUUCUUUGGCCUCUAUAAGGGUGCGAAGGCGUGUUUUCUGCGUGAUAUCCCGUUCUCUGCCAUCUACUUCCCCGUGUACGCACACACCAAAGCACAGCUGGCAGAUGAGGACGGGAGAAUCGGCGCCCUGCAGCUGCUGACGGCCGGGGCAAUCGCAGGAGUCCCUGCUGCCUCAUUGGUCACCCCUGCUGAUGUCAUCAAAACGCGACUGCAAGUGGCAGCUCGUGCGGGUCAGACCACAUACACGGGUGUGAUCGACUGCUUCCGUAAGAUCCUGAGAGAAGAAGGAUUCAGAGCCUUCUGGAAGGGAGCUGGAGCCCGUGUGUUCCGCUCGUCCCCGCAGUUCGGUGUGACCCUGCUGACCUACGAACUCCUGCAGAGGUGGUUCUACGUCGACUUUGGAGGACACCGUCCCUCUGGUUCCGAGCCGACGCCGAAGUCGCGGAUAUCGGAGCUGCCCCCAGUGAAGCCUGAGCACGUCGGAGGGUACCGGCUGGCGGCUGCCACGUUUGCUGGCGUGGAGAGCAAGUUCGGACUUCACCUGCCAAAGUUUAAAUCGUCUGGAGUCGUUAGCAUCCAGCCUGCGAAAUAGGAGGUGUGGCCUUGUAAAUGACCCCGCCCACUCCACACUGUCCUCCAGGGUUUCUGCCUCCAUCUCACGGCUGCAUCACUCCUUCCUCACUGGUGUUAACUGUAGUUUGUAGUUUCUUUUUGUUCUGUUGGGAAGUCGGGUUUGUGUUUAACUUCAGGUUUCUCUAAGUGCUCCUCAGUGCCUCCUGCUGGUUAAUGAAAGUUACUGCGGGGCCUUCCACACUCCUGGUGGUGGGAUCAAACACCAGCUGAUUCCUUUCUGCUAAAUCAGAAAAAAAGAUCAUUUGAAAUCUCUCAUAGAGGCAGUUUGCUCUGUCCUCAGUGCUCGGCAACAGCGAGCAACGGUCACAUUAGGGUUUUGGCAAACUGGGUUAUGGUAGUGACCUCGAUCUCUGACACAGGCACAGGGUGAAUUCAGGAAGUGUGACACACUGAUGGGGCAUAAAGACUGGGAGCGGACUGCUGUAGGCAGGGGGCGCUGACCAGAUACCGCCGUGUUACAUUCCAAACCCAGUACUGCUAGACAACCUCUCCACUAAACGCUCCUCAGAAGGAGACUUCCAAUGGUCAGAUCACUUUUCUGUAUGCUUAUUCAAAUGCAUUUUGUUAUACCAGUCAGACUUUCUAUAAAACGAUACAUUAUGAUGCUAAAUGAAUUGGAUGGACUGGCACCUGGUUUGUCCUGCCCCGUGGUCCUAACUACACAACACUCAUGUGGCCAGGUGAGACUCAUGAAUGUAGAAGUUGCAGAGGUUUAGCUCAGGGCUUUUGUACUGGAGCUAAACUAACCUACACCGUCUGAAGCUUCUUCGAGUUCUAAGCCACCUAUUCUGGCUUAUGUAUCACAUAACUGGAUCAUGAUACUCAAGUGACUUCAACUCUGCAGGACAGCAGAGCUCCAGUACUGGAGGAGAACACGUAGAUCCAGUACUGGAUGUGAACGUGGACCUCCAGUACUGGAGGGGAAUAACCUGGUGUGUAGUUGAAUAUCCUGGUUUAGUCCUUUAAGGCCCAGAAAGGUGCUACAGACCAACUGAUUUUACUCCCUUGGAGGUCUCUGGACAGUAGACCACGGGAAACGUUAAAAGGUUUUGUAUUUUUGUUUUUUUGUCGAUUUUUCUCUUCCAUUCAGAGUUCACCCUGCAUGCGUGACAUGCUCAAUCUUCAUUUCUUUCUCAUACUUAUUUUCGUUUGCUACUGUUAUGGAGUCCGUACGCAUGCAAUAGCCCUUCUCUUUUAGAAAAUAAUUUAAAUGCAUUUCAUUCUUGUAUUUUAUGGAAAUAAAUCAUACAUUUUAAAA